AUGAAGUACCUCAACCUCCUCGCAGCUCUCCUCGCCGUCGCUCCUCUCUCCCUCGCUGCACCCAGCAUCGAGGCCAGACAGUCGAACGUCAACCCAUACAUCGGCAAGAGCCCGCUCGUUAUUAGGUCGUACGCCCAAAAGCUUGAGGAGACCGUCAGGACCUUCCAGCAACGUGGCGACCAGCUCAACGCUGCGAGGACAAGGACGGUGCAGAACGUCGCGACUUUCGCCUGGAUCUCGGAUACCAAUGGUAUUGGAGCCAUUCGACCUCUCAUCCAAGACGCUCUCGCCCAGCAGGCUCGCACUGGACAGAAGGUCAUCGUCCAAAUCGUUGUUUACAACCUCCCCGAUCGCGACUGCUCUGCCAACGCCUCGACUGGAGAAUUCACCGUAGGAAACGACGGCCUCAAUCGAUACAAGAACUUUGUCAACACCAUCGCCCGCGAGCUCUCGACUGCUGACGCUGACAAGCUCCACUUUGCCCUCCUCCUCGAACCCGACGCACUUGCCAACCUCGUCACCAACGCGAAUGCCCCCAGGUGCCGAAUCGCCGCUCCCGCUUACAAGGAGGGUAUCGCCUACACCCUCGCCACCUUGUCCAAGCCCAACGUCGACGUCUACAUCGACGCCGCCAACGGUGGCUGGCUCGGCUGGAACGACAACCUCCGCCCCUCCGCCGAACUCUUCAAGGAAGUCUACGACCUCGCCCGCCGCAUCAACCCCAACGCCAAAGUCCGCGGCCUCGCCGUCAACGUCUCCAACUACAACCAGUACCGCGCUGAGGUCCGCGAGCCCUUCACCGAGUGGAACGACGCCUGGGACGAGAGCCGCUACGUCAACGUCCUCACCCCGCACCUCAACGCCGUCGGCUUCCCCGCGCACUUCAUCGUUGACCAGGGACGCGGUGGCAAGGGCGGUAUCAGGACGGAGUGGGGCCAGUGGUGCAACGUUAGGAACGCUGGGUUCGGUAUCAGGCCUACUGCGGAUCAGGGCGUGCUCCAGAACCCGAAUGUGGAUGCGAUUGUGUGGGUUAAGCCGGGUGGAGAGUCGGAUGGCACGAGUGAUUUGAACUCGAACAGGUAUGAUCCUACGUGCAGGAGUCCGGUGGCGCAUGUUCCCGCUCCUGAGGCUGGCCAGUGGUUCAACGAGUAUGUUGUUAACCUCGUUUUGAACGCGAACCCCCCUCUUGAGCCUACCUGGUAA